CCACAGGGUCCCUCGCCAGCUACGUGGUAACCAGAGCUGAGACGCAGAAAUGCUCCGACUUCUGGAUUUACCUAGAGACAGGCAAGACCCCACAGGAGCUCGCCAUGGCUGAAAAUCUGCCCAGUCCAGAGGACAGAGAGAGCGCGGCACUGCCAGUGAGGAGGAACAAGUACGGGGACCUUGUGGAGUAG